UAUGCGUGCAGCUCUGUGAGGAGAACAAAUCGAGAUACAGUAGUAACCCAGAGUGAGGUGGCAGUCUUAUUCCACAUCGACACUGACUUGCCCUGCAUACAUCCUAUCUAUCUGUCUCUAUAUCGCAGAGCGCACUUGAGGAGUGAAAGAGAAAAGUGGCAAGAUGGCAUCUGGAAGUGGACAAUCCGGGAUCUAGUCUCUUCUGUUUUUUUGGUACCACGGAGCGCAAGGCGUUAAUAACUAAGUUGCUCUUGGUGGUGUUUGGACUUCUCUGCUGUGGAAUAGCAACAAAGGACGGGAGCGCGCAUUCAUGGGAUGCGACUUUGACAGCUCUUCAUUUCUUGUCUUAUAACUUUAUUAACUGGCAGCGGGGGCGACAUUGUGACUGGGGCAGGAGACAAUGGCUGAGGCUCCGCUCCCCGACACACUCCCGGAAUUAGACGUGGUCAUCGACCCAGAUUUCGAGCCUCAAAAGCGGCCCAGAUCUUGCACCUGGCCGCUGCCACGACCAGACUCGAACGCGGUGAAAGCAGAAAGCAAUGACACAGAUAUUAUACCUGAGGAGGAUGAUGAUGAAGAGGACAGUGCCACCCCUACGGCCAUCAAUGGUUCUGGAGUGGCGUCAGAGGACCAGAGCAGCAACAGCCCCGCAGCCGAUGGAGCUCUCUCUUCCCCCAGCCACGAGAGCGGAGGCUCCCCGCUCUCAUCGCACUCCCCGACGGCCUCCUCUGGCGCACUGACCCCGAGCAGCUUGGCUGCUCAGCAGACCCCAAGGAAAGCAUCAUCUCGCCGUAAUGCUUGGGGGAAUCUCUCCUACGCCGAUCUGAUAACCAAAGCCAUUGAGAGCGCGCCGGACAAGAGACUGACACUGUCCCAAAUUUAUGACUGGAUGGUCAGAUCCAUCCCCUACUUCAAAGACAAAGGCGAGAGCAACAGCUCAGCAGGAUGGAAGAACUCCAUCCGGCACAACCUUUCCCUCCACAGCCGUUUCAUCCGUGUCCAGAAUGAGGGAACAGGGAAGAGUUCCUGGUGGAUGAUCAAUCCAGAGGGGGGGAAGGGUGGCAAAGCUCCUCGCCGCCGCGCAGUCUCCAUGGACAACAGCAACAAGUACACCAAGUCUGCCCGAGGCCGUGCUGCCAAGAAGAAGGCUGCCCUGCAAGCUGCAGCCGCUGCAGCUGGCGAAGGUGGCGGAGACAGUCCUUCAGGUCUAUCCAAGUGGCCUGGAAGCCCAACGUCACGCAGCAGCGAGGAACUUGACGCUUGGACAGACUUUCGUUCUCGCACUAACUCCAAUGCCAGCACGCUGAGUGGCCGCCUCUCACCCAUCCUGGCCAACCCAGAGCUAGAUGAGGUGCCUGAUGACGAGCCUCCUCUCUCGCCUAUGCUCUACUCUAGUCCUGGCAGAGCACUAUCUCCUGGCAACACAACAAAUGUGGCCAAUGGGAAGGCCAUACCGACCGAGCUGCCCCGUCUUGCAGACCUGGCAGGUACCAUGAACCUGAACGAUGGACUCACAGAUGACCUGAUGGAUGAGUUGCUGGAUAACAUCAAUCUGGUAUCAACCACUUCUGGACCAUCCCCUCCAAAUGGUUCCUCAGGGUUCAGUUUUGUGUCCAAACCCAACGGGCUUGGAUCACCUUCCUCCACUUCUGCUCCUUCCUCCAACUCUUCCUCCAAUGGUGGAGGAAAUGGCUUUGGUAACUCCAUCUUCGGCCCCCACACAACGGGCUCCUCUCUGCGUCCGUCCCCUAUGCAGACCAUCCAGGAGAACAAGCAGACUUCCUUCUCCAGCAUCAGCAUGUCCCGCUUUGGCAGUCAGACACUACAAGACCUGCUCAAUUCUGACAGCCACAGCCACAGCGAUGUCAUGAUGACCCAAUCUGACCCCCUGAUGUCACAGGCCAGCGCUGCUGCCGUCAUUUCCCAGAACUCCCGUCGUGGCCUCAUGCUCCGUAAUGAUCCAAUAAUGACCUUUGGGACCACUGGAGGACUUCAGAAUAGCCAAGGGGAGAUGCUGCAAAGUAACAACCACAACCAGAGCUCCCUGAGGUCCCUGAACGGAGGCCUGAACUUGGCCAACGAGGCUAACAUGCUGGCUAAUGCCAAGCAGCAACUCAUGCUCUCACCCUUGGGAGGAAAUGGUUCCUCUUCCAUGCAGAUUGACACCUCAAUCUUCCUGAAUGGAACAGUUAGCAGCGGUGGGGGGAUCUGCCCAGACCGUUUUCCUACAGAUCUAGACCUGGACAUGUUUAAUGGCAGUCUGGAAUGUGAUAUGGACUCGAUCAUCAGGAACGAGCUGAUGGACGCAGAUGGCUUGGACUUUAACUUUGACUCUCUGGCCAACAUGAAUGGAGUUGGCAACUUCACAAGCACCAAGCAGACCUCUCAGAGUUGGGUACCCGGCUGAAAGGGACAGGCCGGGAAGGAGCAAAGCAGGUCCGAACGGUGUAGUGCAACAGAAAAUCAGACACACAACAUCAUUUUUGCCAAACCUGCCAUCAGCACAACAUAAAAUACAAACCCUGUGUUUACAGAAGAAGACUUCUCGAGAGCUUUACCUUCGCUCCCACACUGGUGAACCAUGAAAGAUCCGACAGACUCUAGAGAUGCUGCACAUCAGCCCUCAAAGCCUCCUGUGAAACAACAAACAGUAAAACCUAUGUCAAACAAUCACAACAAACUCAUAAAAACUUAGAAUUAUGCAAUUUUUUCCUUUGACACCCAGUUUGUUGAUAUCAAGAGACACUGCUUAUCAGAAGACGUUUCAGGCGGAAUACAAGGACUAAAUAUCAAGCAAAGAUGGAAGGAGUGCACGGUGCAGUUGUUAUCGCUGAAGAAUUUUCACAAGUGUAAAAUGAAAUCAAGAAGUGAUGUGGUGUAAAUCUGAUCCAGUGGUUUCCUGGAAUGUGAUAUGUUUGGAAAAAAAUUUCCCUCUGUUCUCACUUAGUGAUUUUAAAUGUUCAGUGUUUGUUUUUUGGGGACUUUCUGUUUUCAUUGUUUUUGCAUCUUAUGUGUCAGUACAAAAAGAAAUUGGUGUAGUGGUCAAUGAAAUGGAAUAUCUUGCAUACACACACACACAGAGACAGAACAACAUUUUGCCCUAGUUUGCAAUAUUUAAGAACUCAAUACCAUGCACUUCCAGUUUUGUUCUUAUAAAUUGUUUGAAUUUUAAAUUAACUGCAGCAUACCGAAGGUUAUAUUACAAUUAGCUGAAUACUACAAAAAUAUUUUUAUCUUUUGUGUAUAUCAAACUGCAAAAAAAAAGAAAAGAAAAAAGAUUCGAGGAAGAAAAUUUCUGUCGUGGAUAUUUGUGCAGUGCAGGGAUUGGGAAGUUCAAGAAGGAGGGGGAAAGAUCUUGUCUAUCUUUUCUUAGCUUUUGGUGAGUUCCGUUGAGGUCGUUUAUCACAGCAUAUGAUGUAGCCAAAUGAAUACCUGUGUCCUAGGGUUGUGAACAUUUCCACACCAUAACAGGUGCUAUGUAAACAGUGUUGAAUCCUGUCCUGAGAGCAAGCCGUGCAUUCUGUGUUUUAAUAUUUUUUGUUUUGUUUUCAACCCGUGACCUGCAGAAGCCCAAAGCUGCAGCCACUCGUAGCACGGCAAGGUCAAAACCUGUAGACGGCAGGGGAGCAGGGGGUUUUUAGGCUCAUUCCUCUAGAAGCCAUUUGUUUCUCGAGUAAAACAAUAAGCUAUCUCUGUAUAUUGCCAAAUUACUUGAAACAAACAGCAGGAUAUGCUGGCAGCCAAAUCACAGCACACACGCACAUACAGAUUACACACACACACACACGUAGAUAGAAAAAGGAUCUGUGUUAAAGGACCAUUGUGUAGAAUUUAGUUGAACCUAACAGACUAGGCUUGGCUGAAAUGGGAUAUAAUAUUCAUAAGUAUGUUUAAAUUAGUGUAUAAUUCCAUGAAAAUAAGAAUCAUUGUGUUUUCAUUAACUUAGAAUAAGCCCUUUAUAUCUACUAUAGAUACAUAUAUCUCCCCUUCCAGGGAGGCCACCAUGCUGCACCACCAGAACAGACAAACCAAACACUCACUCAAGAGAGAACUUUUCCCAUUUUUCAAGUUUGAAGGCCACCAUAGGUUCUCCUACAUACCUGGAAGGGGAAGGUGAGGGAAGGGGUAUUCAUUUGGUUGCAAUCUGCAACCUCACCACUAAAUCCUACACGCUGGUCCUUUAAGCUCUGCUGUUGUCGUGUCAUGAGCUUGUGGGGAUUGUUAUGCAUAUAUAGAAUCACUCAGGGGGGAAUAGGGAGGCUUCCCGUUUUAGUAACAUCAAGUCACAUUCUAAUAGUAUUUACAAAAAGAAACAUUUCUUGAUAAAAAACAGUAAUGCUUUGUGUUUGUGAACUUGUAACCUGUGAACUUUUGGCCGUCAAGAUGAAGAGGAGGAAGGAAGAUAACGUCAGGAUUAAGGCCUUGAUCUCAUAUAUACGGAUAUUUUUCAUACACAUGAGAACACAAUAACAAAUACAAACGAUCAAACAAGCAUGCCAGGCCAGUAGGUGGUGAUAAAGUCUACAACAAAGUACGUCAAAUACCGGAGAAGAACAUCAGCAUGCAUAGUGAGCUUUUUUCUCUUCGGUGGUAGUAAUUGUUUCAGGCUCACGCUUAUUACACAAGCAACAAUGGGCAUGUGCGAAAUGACAAGUGACAUUGUUUCCCAAACACUCAAUUUUACAUGUCCACACGUGUACAGAGAGACCUGACUCUUUAAAAAAUCUGCACUUUAGCUGUUAGAAAUCACUGUUUUAGUGACCUAAAAUGCUGUUUUGCAUGUGGAUGACAGGCCAAAACAUUUUGUACAUUUUGCAAAAUAUCCGUAUUAGUGUGGACAAGGCCUAAGACUUUCACACAGUCUGUUAUUUUUGGUUUCGCUGUCAUAGCUUUUUUUUCUCUUGUUGUCGGAGCCAUGACACGUACACACAUCCGUCAUGGACACACCUGGUGCUCCUGCAGGUGACAUCCUGUAUCCUGAGUACAUGUUUGUGUGUGUGUGUGUCUGCGCGUAUGUGUUUAUCUAUGGAGUUUAUUUCUGUUGAAUUAAUCACAUGAGGAUGUGUAAUCCCUCAGUACCCCUGAUGGUGCAUACAGCACAGCUGACUGUAUGCAUGCAUGUAUUUAUGCAUUAUGAAUUGUGUGAAAUGCAUAUAUACUCGCUGUAUGUCCUUAUAUAUACUUAUGUAGUACCUGACCCUUGGAUUUUGUGAUACCUCGGAAGGUAAAGUUGAAGAAAUAAUGAACAACACCGAGUAGGAGGGAACACUGUAACCAGCGAAUUCAUUGUAAAACCAGAUUUUAAAAUGGUGGAAAGUACCAUUGUUGUAGCAUCUGGAGACCUGGUACCCCUUCUCUGGCUGGGGUAGCAACAUGAAGGGUUUGCCCCCGCUGUGUAUAAUAGUGUACAGAUGUGUGUAUAUCACUUUGAGGCCAAGGCAGAGGAGUGUGUGUGUGCAUGGUCGGCUAGAAUGAUCUACUGUGCUAUCUGAGGUUUAGUGCAUGACCUAGCUAUAACCCCGCGACCCUUCCAAUGGUGCCGUCCCUCGACAGAAAUUGUAAAACAGAGAGGUAACCUGUGUCUUCAGCACUCAAACACACACUCUGGUUCUAUUUUUAAAAUCAGGGUUUACAGGACUGAACCUGCACCAUCCACCCAUAUUAAUGGGUUUAUUAUAACGAGUGUGUGUACAACGACAUAGACACAGGGAAACGCCUCUUGACGGACGUUCCUCAGCUUCACACUUGUUUUAUUCCAAGUGGAGUAGGUUCAUGUCCCGGUGCUGUCACUGAGCAGCUGACUAUAACUUUGACGUGUUUGAAACGUCAUCUGACAACACGCUGGAAUUUCCUACAUUUUGUCACAUAUAAAAUUUCCAGAUGAUUAUCAUGUUUCUUUUGGCAGGGAGAAUCCUGAGCCAUCACCUGAGCUGCUAAGCAUUUGAGUUUAUUUACACUGACUGCACUAAAUAUUAGAAACUCUUUCUGUGAAGAACACUGACAAGGUGAAUCCAGGGAGUGCUGUAGUCCUUUCUAUUUAAAGAGGGCUUAUUGAUCCCUGAUAAACUGCAAAGGGGAUCACAGUCGCAGGAGUGUGUUCCUAACAUUUUUUAAAGUCAGUGUAAAAUGUGUUGGCUAUUCGGGAAGAUAGUUUACACUUAGUCAUAAUGGAACAAGCCUUCCACACAGCCACUCACUGCUACUGCUUCAUUCAGGCACAGAUUAUAUCUUCUCGUGUCCAACACACAACUGCAGCACAAUACCUGCAGAUUUAAAGCUAUGAAAAGCAAAAAAAAAUAGAAGAGACAUACCACUAGAUACCUUAAUCACCUCUUGGACAGUUUCCUUUUCAUUAUCUUCUCUUGAGCCCUUCCAUCCUUGUUAAGAGGCCCAGGCCAGCUCCCCUCCAUACGCCCUCUGAACUUUGCCCUUUGAACUUUGCCCUUUAUUAAUCUUGCUUCUUCUCGACUUGAUGUUAGUGGGUAUUUUUCCUGUGUAUUCCAUUUUGAAUUGUAAUUUAGUUUGUAUAAGAAAUGCUGCGCAUGUAAAUAAAGCUUGGUGAGGCUCCACA